AUGCUGUUGGCGGCUCUGCUCCUGCUCCUGGUGCUGCUGGCCGUGGCCAUGUUGGGAGACAUGGUGAUGCUGAACAGUGUGGAGUCCAUCCGCCAGGUGCUGACCCAGAAAUGGUCCGAUUUAACCGGGCGCCCCCCCAGCUUUCGGAGCUCAUCUCCCUGGGGGGGCCACGAUCUAUCCCUGGGCAACUUCACCCCCAGCUGGCAGCUGCAGCGCAAAGCAGCUCACUCGGCCCUGGUCUGCGCCCAGCGCCUGCAGCUGGACCCGGUUCUGGGGUCCCAGGUGGCCAUGCUCUGCCAGGAGUCGCUGCUCCCUGAGUGCCCCUGGGACAUGGUGGAUCACAUGCUGGGGGAGCGGCGAGGGGCCGGGGGGGACUCCGCGGACGAGGGGGGCCUCACCCCGGAGCACGUUUACAUGGCGCUCGUGGACCUCUUCAGCGGGGGUACCGAGACCAUGGCCGCCCUGCUCAUCUGGGCUGUGGCCUUCCUGCUGCACCACCCCCAGGUCCGGGACAGGAUCCACACGGAGCUGCAAUGGGUGAUGGGCCCCAAGCGCCCCCUCAGCUAUGGGGACCGGGAUCGGCUGCCCCUGCUCAGCGCCACCAUCUCCGAGAUGAUGCGUCUGCGCCCUGUGGUGCCCCUCGCCCUGCCCCAUAGCACCACGUGGGACACGAGCCUCUCAGGCUUCACCAUCCCCGAGGGAACCACCGUGAUCCCCAACCUCUUUGCCGCCCACCACCACUCGGAGCGGUUCCUGGCCCAGCACAACCUGCUGCCCUUCAGCUGUGGGGCCCGGGCCUGCCUGGGGGAGACCCUGGCCCGGGUCGAGAUCUUCGUCUUCCUCGGGCACGUCCUGCACGAGUUCCGGCUGGAGCCGCCUGCGCCCGGUGCCCUCCCGGCCCUGCGGGGCGUGUUCGGCACCAUGGUGCGGUGCCCCCCGUUCCACAUCCGCUUCCUGCCCCGGGGGUCCCCGAACCCCCUGGGACACCCAUAG